GCCCUCCUCCCCGCGCAGCCCCGGUGCGCACAGCGGGGCCGGUACCGGGCACCGCACUCCGCUAACGGCUACCGGCACGGCACAGCAGGUAACGAGGACGGACCCCGGCUCCGGGGAGGGACCCCCGCCCCGCUGUCGCCGCACCGAGCCCGGAGCAGCGGGAAGGGACGCGGCACCGGCGAGAGGAGAUGGAGCUGCCGUGAGCCCUGCAUGCCAUGGAUGAGGUGACAGAGCUGCAGACCGGGGGGAACUCCCUCCUGAAGGCAGUGUGGCUGGGCCGGCUGCGGCUGACCCGGCUGCUGCUGGAAGGGGGGGCCUACAUCAAUGAGAGCAACGAGAAGGGGGAGACGGCGCUGAUGGUGGCCUGCAUCACCACGCACGUGGACCAGCAGAGCAUCAGCAAGGCCAAGAUGGUGAAGUACCUGCUGGACAACAGGGCUGACCCCAACAUCCAGGACAAGUCUGGGAAGACGGCCCUGAUGCACGCCUGCAUCCGCGGCGCGGGCGGCGAGGUGGUGACCCUGCUGCUGGACAAUGGGGCCGACCCCAGCCUGGAGGACCACUCUGGGGCCUCUGCACUGGUGCACGCCAUCAACGCCGACGACAAGGACGUUCUGCAGCACCUCCUGAAUGCCUGCAGAGCCAAGGGGAAGGAAGUGAUCAUCAUCACCAUGGACAAGUCGGCCACUGGCACCAAGGCCACCAAGCAGUACCUGAACAUGCCUCCCCUGCUGGACUUCAAGGAGAAGACCCCCUCUGAGGCGAGCACCCCCCCGUGUCCCCAGCCCGCCGAGCAGGAGGUGCCCCCCCAGGGAUGGUCCCCCCCCCAAGGCCACCCCGAGCCACCGUCCCCAGGCUGGAGGGGCAGCACCACCACCAAGAGAGCGCGGCUCCCACAGCUGAAGCGGCUGCAAUCGGAGCCAUGGGGGCUGGUUGCGCCCUCAGUGCUGGCAGCACACCACGAGGAGCAGCGGGUGCGCACGGACGACGAGCUGGUCAGCAGCAUCGGGGAGCUCGCGCUGUGCAGGAAGGCUCCCCCCGCCCGCAGCAAGGACGCGUCCCUCUUCCCGCUGGUGGACGAGCAGGCGCUGCGCACACCGCCAGCCCCCGGCUCCGGCUGCAGGAAGGGGUUCGAGAAGGGCCCCCAGCGCCUGCCCCGCAGGAGCACAGUGCCAGAGCCGCCGGACAGCAGCGAGGUGAUGGAGGCCCUGCACUGGCGGCGGAUGAGCGCCGACUGCGAUGCCGGCAUGGCCGAGGCGGGGAAGGUGGCUGCGGAGAGGAGGAAGCUGAGCGGCUCUCACCUGGCUCUGCUGGGUGGUUCACGGGAGGCUCUGGACAGUGCCCCCAGCACUUCGCCCGCCGCCGCCCGCCGCCCGCCCAACCUGCUGGAACGGCGCGGCUCCGGCACGCUGCUGCUGGACCACAUCGCUCACACCCGGCCCGGCUACCUGCCCCCCCUCAACCUCAACCCCAGCCCCCCCAUCCUCGACAUCGGCGCCGGCAGCAAGGCCCCCUCCCCUCUGGCUGUGGGCUUCAGGGCCCUGGUGCCCGUCGCGCCCAGCUCCCCCAAGCGGGGUGACCUGAGAACCAAAAAGAAGCUCCUCCGGAGGCACUCCAUGCAGCUGGAGCAGAUGAGGCAGCUCUCUGAUUUUGAGGAAAUCGUGGCGCAGUAGCCGCUUUCCCAGGAAGUUCAGCAAACUGCUUUCUGUAGGAACAUACGGGGUGGUUCAGAGUGGGGCGGUGCUGCCCUGGGAAGUGCUGGCAGCCCCGGGCGCACGGCCCCAUGCAUGGCAGCGGAGCAGGGGGUGCUGUGCCCAUUUCCCAGGGCUGGGGGGACAACAGGCGGCAGGCAGCACAGAACUGGGCGCCUGGAGCCCUGCCACGCCAGCUGCCUUUGGACUUUCCCCCUGCAAGCACUUAUCUGAGAAACCCAAUCCCAGCACGUUUAGGUAGAGCCGGGCAUCACGCAAAGGCUCCUGGCUGCAGUGUGUUUGUUCCUGGUUAUUUACGAUCCAUUUUUCAUCCCUCCCACUCAUCCUAAUGCAGAAAGCGGUCUGGGAGCCCCACGCUGAGGAGCUGGGGGCUGACGUGUGUGUGAAGUGCCUACCGGGACGGAGCUCAACGCUGCGAGAGCUUGGAGAGCAGAAAUAACCCUCCUUAGCAAUUGAAUGUAUUUAUACCCUCACUGUGCUGCAGAAGCCAGACGACGCUCCGAGGUUCUGCGGUUCCGUUUCCAAGCGCUUUGCAGCCCAGAGCCGGAUCCACUGCUGGUGCAGCAGGGGAGCCGUGCACAGAGGGGCGGGUUUGGCACACCGUGCCCGUGGGGAACGCGGCUGCCCGGCCCCACUGCGCCGCGGGUACCGAUGACGGAUGCGCUGCGGCUCCGUCCGCACGGGAGCGCUCUCUGGAAAUGCGUUUUCAAUUUAAAUGUGUUGUUGAGUAAAGGUGGGCUUCUAUUUUUACAGCCUUAAAGUUUGUGCUUCCUGUUGCUCAGAUGUCUCACAGACGGAAUGUCAGGCACGCUUUAUCUCUAACCAUGAAGUUCGUCUUCUAUUUUCGGCUGAGGAAUCCCAAAUCCCAGGGUUUUCAUUCAUGCAUAUCCCGAUAUCUUUACUAACGCCUUCCGCCGGCGCUCUCUGACAGCGGUGGUGCAAACGCAGCUCAGCCCCUCCCGGCGCGGGGGCUGUGAGCGCGCAUCUCACUGCGGGAACGCGCAUCUCACUGCGGGAACGCGGGGCAGCGCCGCCCCGCAGCCAUUGCCGCUCGCGUGCGCGGUGCGGGGGUGACGCCGUGUGACGGACGGCGGUUUUACAGCCCCGCGCUGCCCGCAGUCGCCCGGCCCCGGCCCCCCUCCGUCCCCCGGCCCCGCACGGAGCCGCCCCCGCCCGGAAGCGCCGCGGUGCCGCCACGUCAGGGAGGGACGGCCCCG